AGUGCUGUACAGUCCGACCUGCUGUAAGCGGUCUGGCUCUCGUUCGUGCCACGCUUGAUGCCCCGGUCCCGACCACACGGGAGAUAGUGGCGUUGCCUGCUCGCCUGCUUCGCCCCGCCGUCAGCACCUUCGACCAUCCACGCAAUCCUCUCACAGAGAAAAGGGAGCUGCUUCCCAAGUCGGAGCCUCGCCCUGGCCCCGACAAGUUUUGCUUUCAUACUACAGUGAAAGUUCUAGCCAUUGCGCCAGCGACCCGACCCCUACACGGCGAGAUCCGACCCAUUUGCGAGGCCUCGUCGUUUUGAGAUCGGAGCCGACUAUAGCUGCCAAGGUACCGGAGAUCGGCAUUUGGAAUGCUGCGCGGUUUACCCGUCCACGACUAACAAACCUCGGCCAUCACCUACCCCGAGCUUGAUAAGAGCCGAUAAGCGGACAGCCCGCCCCAACGGCCGCGAUGCGCAGAGCCUCGACGUGUGCCCCCGGGCUGGUGUUGCUCGUCUCCGCGCUUCUCGGCGGUGAAGCAGCGGCUUCGCAUGCGGGGAGGCAAAGGCACGAUGCGCUUCUUCACAGGGUGGCCAAGGCGCAAGUGACGGCUCAUCCCCUGCGGAGAGACACGAGCACCUGCCAGGCCGACUAUUCGCUAUGCGCCCAAACGCUGGGCGGAGGGUGUUGUCCCCCGCGAUAUUCUUGCGCGACGGAUUCUUGCUAUGCGACAACCGCGGGACCAACAUCAGCAUGUGGCAAGGCAGGCUACUUCAACUGCGCGGCCUCUGACUCAGGUGGUUGCUGCCCGGUCGGUUACAUAUGCGGUACCAAUGACUGUACGCCUCCCGUCGGCAUCACCAACACUUAUACAUCCUGUCCCAACAACUAUUUUCUGUGUCCUGCUUCGAUGAGUUUUGGAUGCUGCCAGAGCGGGAUGGGAUGCGCGCAGAGCGCGUGUUACUCUACCAACCCAGUUACCAGUACAGUCACUCAAGCCGUUACAACAACGUCCGGCACGCACAGGAUUACAACCACGGAAACAUCCGUUGUCGUGGCUACGCCUAGUCCCCCAUCCGGCCUUCCUUCAGACACAAAUAUUGCCGCUGCCAAAUUCAUCCCAACCAGCGUUCCGAAGAGCAGUGCCAUCGUCACCCCAGACAGUGGCGGCGGCGGCGGCCUCAGUCCAGGGGCACUUGGAGGCAUCAUCGCCGGCGUUGUGGUUCUCCUCAUAGUCGUUGUUGUGGCGGCUUUCCUCAUCAUCAGGCGCCUAAAAGGCGUCCAAAAUGUUAUGGAGUCUAAGAAGGGUUCGUCUAGCGGCCACCAAACGAAGUCGCAGUCUCAGGCGCAGAUGGCGUACUACGGACGGCAGUUGCACGCUGCGCCAUCCGACGACAUGAGCAUAGACCCGUUAAUCAAAACGCCGGUCAGCGGCUCGGCCACGCCGCAUGUGGGGACACGCGGGCGCUCCGACUCUGACCGUACGCCCUCGCAGAACGACAUGAUGAGUUCACGGCACGCUAGCCCAGACUCCAACGGGGGGUACUUUGAUCUACCAGCACGCGUCCACAACAUUCCGGGCGCGCAGAAUAACAUGAGCACGGCUGCUAUACGCGGUAGCAUUGACAGCCAGAGCACCCAAGGCCAGAAUGGCCACCAUCACUGGCGCCAGCAGAGCAACGCAAGCGAGCUAUCGGCCGACGGAAGCGAGCACAGUGCCGGCGCCAACAGCCCACUUGUAGUUCCCGAGUUGGAUACAAGCGGUACAUAUGCCGAGUUGCCCUCUGCUGGCAGCGGCGGAAGCCGUAAUCGCUCAGGCAGUGGCGCGGGCUCCAGUCCGCGAGUAACCUUUGGUCAUGUUCGUCAGGGAUCAGUGACUACAGGCUUCGGUGCCGGUGGCCAGUUAGGGGUAGUGAGCGAGUCUGCCGAAAUGCACGGCUAUUAUGGGCCUUCUGACAGACAGGCCGGUCAGACCUCUGCCGGGCUGGAGGAUGGCGAGCGAGGGAUGAACUCUCCGACCCUACCAAGAGCGCCGGUACCGCGGCCUCCCCCACCAGAUUCACAAUCGUGAAAGAAAUACCUCGAAAUCACUUCGAAAAUAUCACCACAGACAUCUUCUCCGCCAUAUGGAUCAAGCCUCGCCCGUUCAAAUGCGUACAUCUUUCU